UGCAUUUUAAUCAAUGCUAUGCUGGUUGCAAAGCUUUUCACCCUGUCCAUCGUUUUCAGGGUCAAUGAUUGUUAUGGUACGCGCAUGAAUAUAUCAUCGCCGCCAUGUUUAUUCUAUCGUGGAUCUUCUGAACUACCCAUGGGUAUCCUGCGAACUGAUCGUAGACUUUCCAGUACAUGUUAGCAAGAGUUGAUUCCAGUGGAGCUGAGGCAACGUGAAGACUUGACUACAUUUUCAUACUGCUUACGACUCAUCAUUAAAGCAGACAAAGACAACUGGCUCGGGUGUAUAUGCACAGAAAGCAUAGCACAAAGCUGCAGAUUGCGGAAGCAAUUUUGUAUAAUGAUUCAAGCUAAAAGUGAACACUCUCAAGUCUUCACAUAUGAUCAUUCUCAUUGCAUCGGACAGCAGCUGUAUGUAAUUUCACCUUCGAGCAGGGCCUGUCUACAGAAGAUGAGGUCUCGUAAUAACAAGAACAUCGACAGUGCCGAGCAACAAGUGCUGUCCUGAUCUCUUCUGGUGGAAUUUAUUCUGCAUACUUAUUAUAAUCGGCAUACAAUUGGAAAUCGUAGGGAACAGUGGUGUUCUUUUUUUUCAAAAGUUAUUGACUUUGGAAGUGCUGCCAAUUUAUUACUUUUUUUUUUAGACCAGCUUGAAAUUGAGAAUGAAGUUUUUUAUUUUGUUGGCACUACACAAUUAACUUUGGUGCAUUUUUUCAUCAGUGAAUGUUCAUCAUAUCUCAAAACGAGAGAGUGUCAUGCGAACUCUCACAAGGAUUAUAACCACAUUCACACUCUGAGUUCUCACGGACUGAAAGUACUGUAUCAAAGUGUUUAUAGAAUUUGAUUUGAGAUGUCUGCAGCCAUGCAGAACAAUCGCCCAAGAAACCGAAAGCAGCCACACCCGCACAGCAACAGGGCAGGAUACAAUAACUAUGCUCGAAGAGAAACGCCCGAACCAGAGCCACAGAGUUCAUCCCCUGUGAGAGGAGUCUACCGCGACUCGCGAACUGCCAUGGUCAUGUGUAGCAUUUUAGGUACACAGACAACAGUGAAAACUAGAAAUGGUUCAGUAUACAAGGGCCACACAACAGGAUUCUCAGAUAAGGGCGAUAUUGCAAUGAGUGAUGUGAAGUUAUUGGAAAGCGAGUCUCAUGGGCAGGAUCAAAAUUUAUCUGGUAUCAUUAUACCCAAGGACAACUUUGUCGUGUGCAAAACCAACGGUGUGGACAUAAAGGGGCUGUGUGCAAGCCAAGACUUUACAGACGCUGGGAUUGCCAGCAAGAUCAACGGCAGCGCGGACACAGCUCUGAGAGAGUUGCAACCAUGGCAGGACGACGACGCCCUAGAAGUGAAUUCCGCUCUGACCUUGGAUGAUCAGUCAGGAGGCUGGGAGCCCUCUGAGAUGUUCCAAGUCAACUCUGAAAAAUUUAAUGUGAAGUCAUCCUACGAUGAAAGUUUGUUAGCCUAUACCACACAGUUACCUGCUCCUGACUCAGAAGGGUAUGAGGAGCGAGCCCGCUUUGCUCAGAAGAAGGCGGAGGAGAUUGAGAAAAGCGAUGCAUAUCAGCACCGCAUCUCCAAGGAGUUGUCGGAUGGCGAUGAAGAAGCGAAGUAUUCUUCUGUUCACCGGGGAGGGGACGGCAGCCACACCCAACACAGGGCACACGAUUCUGGCAGUGGAGGGGGAGGGAAAAAUACGUACACUAUUCCUGCUCUCCGAGGGGACGGUGAGCCACCAGUACGAAAUGGUAGUGCCCGCGGUCAGGGCAGGGGUCCUCAGCGUCAAAACUCCCCUUAUUCUUCCAGCCAUGGCCAUCACGUUCACUCGAUGAACACGCGGCAAAUGAACAAUCACUACCACCAAGGGCCUCCGCCCCCCAGCUCAUCAGGACCCCCUCUGAACCGGAAUCAAGGCGGGCCCCCGUCGAUGCAUCAUCAGAGACAACCUCCGCAACAGCAGGGGAGUCACCCCCCACCCCACGGCCCCCCGGGCAGCCACUCCCCGCACCCCUACCACCACCACCAUCAUCAGCAGCAGCAGCAGCAGUCCCUGCACGCCGGGCACCCUUCCCAUCAGCAUCCGCAGCAAAGAUCCCAGCAGCAGUUGUUGCCACCCCAGCAGCAGCAACAGCAGAAAGGUCCACCCCCUUCACACCCUCCUCCCCACCACCCCCAGGUGCAAGGCUCUAUACAACAACAGCAACAGCACCACCCCUCCUCCUCCCAGCAGCAGUUGCCUCCUCCCCCUCCACAGCCCUUGCAGCAUUCUUCUGUUCCUCCUCAGCAGCAGAUCAACCUGAAGCACGCGCCUCCAAGUAUGAACGGCGCUUCCGGCGCACAGAAUGUACGGCGCCAUAUACCACAGCCUGUCAACGGAGAUGGGCAACCGGGCAAUCCAGAAGCGAGUCAAAAAGUCUUGCAGCAGUUGGACAUAAGCAAUCCAACACCAAGCCAAGCCUACCACAGGACGGAGGCGCAGGUCGGGGGUCAACAACAGGCCGCCCCUGUGCCCUCAUCACAGAAGGUUCAUGACGGUUCCAUACCUGUUGCAGCAGGCCCCCCCUCGUCAUCAGCACCUGCGCCGCCAGAUAGCGGCGAGCUAGCAGCACAAAGUAGUGCCGCCGCAUCAACGUCAGCGUCACCGCCGUCUGCUGGAGGUUCCGACCGGAGGACUUCUAGAGGUGUCGAAACCAGCCCUGAGGAGUCUAGGAACAAAGUGAACCAGCAGCUUCAGGACUUCCACCAAAACUUUGUGCUGGAGUCUCAAGGCACAAGCAGUGUGCCCGAGGCGUCGUCGAGGCAGGACGGCCAGCACGAGCCACCAACUGACACAUCCGGACCUCCGCCUUCCGCCGGCGCCUCUGUCGUCCCUCAGGUGUCUGUCACCACUUCCUCCACAGCAAGCCCCGCCUCUGAGCCAGCCAAUCAAACCAGUGAAACACCUUCUGAUGCAGCCGCCAAGUCUGCUGAUAAGCAGGAUUCUGAUAUUCUGAAGGGGUCAAAAUUGAACCCUAUGGCAAAGGAGUUUAAACCCUCUUCUAAACCUAUGGUGGCAGUAGCGACGCCUGUAGAGGCUCAGUCGCCCUCCCCCCAGCCGCGAGUGUCUCCCCACCAGUACGUGCCUCAGGUGCCUGCCCCGUACCCUAACGUUUUUUCGGCGGGCUACAUGCCUGUCGGUAUCCCUGCGCCCGUCCCCACACUCAUGCCCAUCUCUAGGAAGAAAGCAACAGUUUCUGUGGGUCCGGCUGUGGUCAACGAGACGUUGACGGCCCACCAGGUCACUGGACAGCCCCUGUUGGCCACACAGUCUGCUGUUAUAUUUCAGCAUCUCCCCACUCAAGGCACAGGCUAUCAGGUUAUAAAUGUGGGCAAUCCACCAAGGAUGGUGGCUCCAAACUCAUUAGCCAUGGGUCAGAGUGGUCAGCACGCUAACCUGGAGCAAGCCGGCUCACAGAAUCAACCUCAGCCUGUCUUCAUGACAGCCCAGCAGCCUGUCUUGAUGCCUCCUCACCCUCAACCUGCCCACGGUCAGCCCUUGCCCCACCCCUCCUCCACACAGCCUCAGACAGUGCACGCCCCAAACCCCGCCCCCUCCCCGGUCCAGCAGCAGCACGGGGGCGGAGGUCCACAGGCCCUCCCCCACCACCACAUGUCGCAGGGACCCCCACAGUCGGCCACACCCCAGCCCUCCCACUACCAGCAGAUGAACGCGGCUGCCGCGCUGGCCCAGCACGGCAUCCAGCCCCGCACCUCUAUGGCGGCGGCAGCAGCAGCAGCCGCAGCGGCAGGCCAGCAGAGCAUCAGCUCGGUGGGCCACCACCACCACCACCCAUCGGCGGGCGGGGGAGGGGCGGGCAGCAUCAGCUACCCGCUGAGCAUGUCGGCACCGCAGCAGUACUCGUACGCCAACAACGUCAGCGCUGCGCAGUACACAUACGCCCCCGCCCCCCAGCCGCAGACCUCCCAAAACAGCAGUCACGGGCCGGGUCCCCAGCCCCAGUACGUGGUCAUGCCCCAGCCCGGACCUCAGGCCCACGGGCCCAUGCAGCAGCAUGCCACACAGCCCUACACUGCCGCCGGACUGCCCUUUCAGGCCCAGCAUAAUCUUAUGCAAGGGCCUCCACAGAUGCCCCCCAAUCCGGCCCACAACCAUGCUCAGGGAGGGCCACACUUGAUUCACGGCGGCAUGCAAGGAAUGCCCGCUGGUAUCCACCCGCAGGUCUCCGGUACCCCGCCCACAAUGUUUAUGCCGGUGCAUCAGCAGUUCCAGCACCAACAAUAAUGUUUGCUCUGCCUUAGACAUGGAAGGGUAUUUGUAAUAUACGAGACGUAGCAGAGAUCCACGGAAUGAGCACAUUUUGCUUGCUGGCGUACUGGUGCUGCAUUGGAGAAGAAAAAUCUGCGUGUGGAGUGCUGACUCAAGACACUCUAGGUUCUGUGCUCGAGAGGAGGAAUUUUUAUCAUUUGAUUUUAGAAGUCUUGUUAUUCUUGUCGAAACAUGCGGGAGUAACAGUUCUACUACAAGAUUGUGGAUUAAUUAUUAAUGUGUGGUUGUUUUGUUUUUUUCUGUGACUGAGGACGGACCAUGUGCGCUGUGUUGUGUUCCGGGGUUUCGUCAGGAGAAAUGUGACAUCCGGUGUGUGCCUGGAGUUUUAUAUAUGCCUCAGUUUGAACUCGCAUCUCGGUGUGUGUAAAGUCAAGACUACGAAUGAUGUGACUUGUGUCUCCUCUUCCCCCUUCCCCCCCCCCUGGCUACACCACAAACACACACAGAAGUGGGUAUGUAAUAAGGACGCUGUAUCAGUGGUACAUAAUGUUCCUACUUGGAGCACGUAUACAUCUAUACAUCGUUUUACCUUUCGGGACGGGAAGGGUGGACCUAUAUGUUCACUCUCCUGCCACUCUCUUGUGAAGAUUUUAUUUUGGCCUUCGGAGUCAUGUCUGUGCCAAAGGAGAAAGACUCUAAUAGUGCUUCUUGUGAAUAGCAAUGUUCCUACCUUGUGGGGGGAGGCUAUGAAUUAGCAUUUGUCAUUUCCAAUAUGGACACAUGGUGUUUUGCCAUGAUCACUCACAUGACAGCCAAAACUGACGGAUAUUGUUUGAAUCAAGACAAAUAUGUGAGAGAGAGAGAGAGAGAGUCGGUCAAAUCAGUGCUUAUCACAGGCAUGCUGGCUCCAUAGAGAGCUACGCGCUGCAGAAGGUUUUAUACGUGCAACUUUAACAAGAUUGUGGUAAUGUGGUUAAUUAUACGUGUCUUGUCAUCCUCCGUGGUUUAGUUUUCUCCUGUCGUCCAUGGUGAGUUAUGAAGUGGAGGACAAUAGAUUGCAUACCUUCUUCUUGUGGUGAGGUUAUUUCAAAGUGGAAGACUAUAAAAUUGCCUACCUUCUUCUCCUUCCUCUUGGUAUGGAAGUUUGGAUUGGAUGUCACACCAUCUUCCACAGUUGGACACGGACACAUUGCCAGCUUAGAAAUCAAAUAACUGACUUUAAGACACUUCUACUGUUCGUGAGUGAGCCCUGAGGGGAAUAAUGGUAAAAAUGUGUAAAAGAAAAACUGUUGGGAACACUGAAUUUUUAAAUAAUUUUUUGGUCAGUCUUGAGGGUAUAUACUCGAGGUCCCAGUCUAUGAAUGUUGAGGUGUACAAAUGGAAUAGUCCCGCAUGCGUGCAGAACCAGAGAGAGAAAGAUCGA